UGCACCGCCGAGCCGCGCGCCACCGGCAUCGUCUGGUCCGUCUCCCGCGACGUCACCAGGUACGCGGCCCUUCUCAAUGAGCCCGGCGAGGUCGCGGUGUACCUUGGCAACCUCCUCGACAAGACCUACACGGGCGUCUACCACGUCAACCUCACGCUCCACCUCUACUUCCACCCUGCGCCGCCGCCGCUCACGCAGCACGCCGAUCUGAUCGUGCCCAUCUCGAGAAGCUUGCCUCUGAACGACGGGCAGUGGUUCGCCGUCCAGAACGCCACCGACGUGCAGUCCAAGAGCCUCUCCAUUCCGUCGAACACCUACCGGGCGGUCCUUGAGGUAUCCGUUUCCUUCCACUCCAGCGAUGAGUUCUGGUACACGAACCCUCCCAAUGAGUACAUUCAGGCCAACAAUUUGUCCAGCGUUUCUGGCAAUGGUGCGUUUCGGGAGGUUAUUGUUAAAGUAGAUGACCAUAUCGUCGGUGCUGUUUGGCCGUUCACUGUCAUCUACACCGGCGGCGUCAACCCACUUCUCUGGCGGCCAAUCACCGGCAUUGGCUCAUUCAAUCUGCCUACCUAUGACAUUGAUAUCACGCCAUUCUUGGGCAAGCUCCUGGACGGCAAGGAGCAUAAUUUUGGGUUUGCUGUCACCAAUGCAUUGGAUGUGUGGUACAUCGAUGCCAAUUUACAUCUGUGGCUGGAUCACAAGAGCAAGAAAACAGUCGGGAGCUUGAUCAGCUAUGAUGCUCCGGCACUGGCACUGAAUUUGGACUAUGGGUUCAGUGGGCUGGAUGGUAAGUUCGUCACGGGCGCAAGCCGGCAUGUCUCCGCAACCGGGUCGGUGAAAUCAUCAUACGGGGAGGUGACCACAACUUUCUACCAGAGAUUUAGCUAUGUUAACAGCAAUGUAUAUAGGAGCAAUGGCACUGUGCAAGUGGUGAACCAAACGAUUGAUGCAAAGUCUGGUGUUUUUGUCAAGGAUACUUCUGCUGUUCUUCUCUCAGAGGAGGUUCACAAGGUGUUUCCGCUGUAUGUCUACACUGGAACAUCAGACCAGGUGGGUGAUGAGUACUCAUUGAUUUCGCUUGUCAAAUUGGGCAUCAACGAGAAGAGUGUUUCGGGUGGGAAGCUAGGGUUCUCGUACCGCUCUUUGCGGAAUGCACAGUCAGCACGCGGCACAAUGAAGGUGAAGAAGAAUUUGGUGGUUAGUGGUUUGGGGCAGACACAUCAGGUGUACAAAUAUAUGGGUACUGAUGGAUGCUACUUCAGGGAUGUGAGCAGCAAGAAUUACACUAUAAUUUCUGACAACUCUGGUGAUUCUUGCUCAAAGGGAUCGCCGUCUAGUGGUGUCAAAUUUUCCUCCAAUAAAAAUCAACCAGCUAGGAAAAGGUUGCUGAAACUUUAACUGGGAAGGUGUGCAACUGAAUUAUCUAUCGUUCAGUUUACUUUGUCUCUCCACUCGAGAUUGUUAGGUUAGAUUAUCGUUCAUGUACUAGGUAAGAAAUUUGUUUGAAAUUAUCUCUGCAAGCAUCCCACUUUGUAAGUCUUCUAGUACAAGACAACUUUCUCUUCUGGAAUGUAUAUAAAUCAAUAAAAGUGGCGCUUGGGUUUCAAAAUAUUCC